AUGGUUCCCACUGUGACGAGCGCCCCGCGCCACAGCAAGGGUCGACGGUACUGCUUUGUCGCGGCGAUUCUGGACGACAGAUCUGACAUGGCUCAUCUGUUGGGACUGGACAUUUUCGUCGGCGGUAAGAAGAACGGUAAAGACAUCAAGGAUUACCAUUCGAUGUUCAACCAUGAUUACUUUGUCGACUGGAUUGGAAAAUUGAUCGAUGAGGUCGAGGAACUGGGCUGGUCGUCCGCCGGGACGUGGCACAAGCAAGCCUUGUACCAAGCGUGCGUGGACUUGAUCAUCGCCGACGCCUCACCGACCGACCUCAAGACAACCAUUUGGAAGCAUUUGGACGAGGAUGUCCUACCUGUUGUGUGUGAGAUGGCCAAGGCUCGUGGACAUCAUGUCGUGUACUCAGCUCCAGGAUUUUCGGAGCUGGUCAUACCUGUUGUGUGUGAGAUGGCCAAGGCUCGUGGACAUCAUGUCGUGUACUCAGCUCCAGGAUUUUCGGAGCUGCAACCAAUCGAAAUGGUAUGGGCCAACGUCAAGGGCACAGUUGGACGGCAGUACACCUCGACUACGACCUUCCAAGACGUCCGCGAUCGUCUCGAGCGUGCGUUUUAUGAGCUGGACUCCAACGUCAUCCACAGCACGGUUGCAGCGUCGACGGCAAAGCUCCUGGGGCUUAACUGUGCUCCCCGUACAGCUGAAACUGAGGAUACCCCCGAGCAAGAUAGUGACAGCGACAUCUGCACCGACGCUUCGUCAUCAAGCGCCUCCAGUUCCAGCGACGUGGAUUAUUAG